CGGGGGGUGGCCCGGACCCGCGCGGCGAGCGGCGCGGCGGAUGGAGAGUCUGGCCGCGGCCGGCGGCGCCGCCUUCUUGUCGGGCCGGGCACGGCGGGCCGGGGCCUUUGUGUGAGGCGGCGGCGGUGGCGGCGGCGAUGCUGCUCGGGCCCCGCGCAGCCGGAAUAACCGUGCUAAUCAGGAAGCAACUUCACAGGAGCUGCUAAGAUGGGCAUGAGGAUCAAACUGCAAAGCACCAACCACCCCAACAAUCUGCUGAAGGAACUCAACAAGUGCCGGCUCUCGGAGACCAUGUGCGAUGUCACCAUAGUGGUGGGGAGUCACUCCUUUCCAGCCCAUAAAGCCGUGCUGGCCUGUGCGGCUGGCUACUUCCAGAACCUCUUCCUGAACACAGGGCUGGAUGCCGCCAGGACCUAUGUGGUGGACUUCAUCACCCCUGCCAACUUUGAGAAGAUCCUGAGCUUUGUGUACACAUCAGAGCUCUUCACAGACCUCAUCAAUGUUGGGGUCAUCUAUGAGGUGGCUGAGCGCCUGGGGAUGGAAGACCUCCUCCAGGCCUGCCAUUCCACCUUCCCUGACCUGGAGAGCACUGAUGUGACCAAGCCCCUGACCAGUGUCAGUGAGAGUCACUCCAGUACUCUGAGUUGUAGCUCAGCAGAGCCUGCCCACCCCCUGGGGGAGCUUCGGGGUGCUGGAGAACACUUUGGCUCUGCUAGAAGCUACGUGUUACCUGGUGAUGCUGGUGGAAGCUAUAAAGAGGAAGAGAGAAAUGCCAACAGUGACACUAACCAUAGCUUGCCUCUGCCACAGCAGACACUGCCACCAAAGACAGAAGAUCAUGAUACCCCUGCUCCUUUCACAUCCAUUCCAGGUGUGGGGACCCAGCCAAUUCUUGGCACAGCCAGCAUGGACAUCCAAACCAGCACAAGCUCCUGCCAGCCAUACAAAGUUCAGAGCAAUGGAGACUUCAGUAAAAGCAACUUCUUCGCUUCUGAUAAUGCAAUAGAUAUCACCACUGGGACCAACUCAUGUCUGAGCAAUAGUGAGCACUCCAAAGAUCCAGGCUUUGGGCAGAUGGAUGAGCUGCAGCUGGAAGACCUGGACGAUGAUGACUUGCAGUUCGAAGAUCCCACUGAGGAGAUGGGCGCAACUGAGGAGGUGAUUGAGUUGAGUGAUGACAGUGAAGAUGAGCUGGUUUUUGGAGAGAAUGACAACCAAGAGAAUAAAGCUAUGCCCUGUCAGGUGUGCAAGAAAGUUCUGGAGCCCAACAUCCAGCUGAUCCGACAGCAUGCACAGGAUCAUGUAGACCUGCUGACUGGCAACUGCAAAGUCUGUGAAACCCACUUUCAGGACCGAAAUUCCCGAGUAACCCAUGUUCUAUCCCACAUUGGCAUUUUCCUCUUCUCCUGUGACAUGUGUGAAACCAAGUUCUUUACUCAGUGGCAGCUGACCCUCCAUCGAUGCGAUGGAAUUUUCGAGAACAACAUCGUUGUCCACCCUAAUGACCCCCUCCCUGGGAAGCUGGGUCUGUUUUCUGGGGCAGCCUCCUCAGAGCUGAAAUGUGCUGCCUGUGGGAAAGUAUUGGCCAAAGAUUUCCAUGUAGUCCGGGGCCACAUUCUUGACCAUCUGAACUUGAAAGGCCAGGCCUGCAGCAUCUGUGACCAGCGCCACCUCAGUCUCUGCAGUCUCAUGUGGCAUACCCUGUCACACCUCGGCAUUUCAGUCUUCUCCUGCUCUGUCUGCGCCAACAGCUUUGUGGACUGGCACCUUCUAGAGAAGCACAUGGCUGUGCACCAAAGUCUAGAAGAGGUCCUCUUUCGCUGCCACCUGUGCAGUCAGAGCUUCAAGUCAGAGGCUGCCUACCGCUACCACGUUAGCCAGCACAAGUGCAGCAGUGUCCUUGAUGCGCGACCUGGGUUCGGGCUCCAGCACCCAGCUCUCCAGAAGCGGAAGCUGCCUGCAGAGGAGUUCCUGAGUGAAGAGCUGGCUCUGCAGGGCCAACCUGGGAAUAGUAAAUAUAGCUGUAAAGUCUGUGGCAAGAGGUUUGCUCAUACAAGUGAGUUCAACUACCACCAGCGGAUCCACACAGGUGAGAAGCCAUACCAGUGUAAAGUGUGCCACAAGUUCUUCCGAGGCCGCUCAACCAUCAAGUGCCACCUGAAGACGCACUCCGGGGCACUCAUGUACCGCUGCACGGUCUGCGGCCACUACAGCUCAACUCUUAACCUCAUGAGCAAGCACGUCGGUGUGCACAAAGGCAGCCUCCCACCUGACUUCACCAUUGAGCAGACCUUUAUGUACAUUAUUCACUCCAAAGAGGCGGAAAAGAACCCAGACAGCUGACUGGGCCCCAGCAUAGCUAGGGGGUGUCCCCCGGCAGCAGCCGAGACAUUGGAUUUCUAGUGGUGGUUGGUCCUGCUCCAGCCGAAGUUACAGUUUUGCCUUGCCAGGAGUUCUGUUUUGUCUUUGUUUCAAGAAGGAAGAAGAAAUAGCACAGAAGCUGUUACUGGUUUUGAGAAGCAACAGCCUGAUCCUGUUUACCUCCACAUCUCUUCUUGCCCGUGAAGGACUGUGGUUUUGAUUCUUUUGAGGCCGGUUGUGUUCUGACAGGCAUUUGGUGUCAACUAGAUGCCCUAUCCUGGCCUCUUGAAUUUUAGUUUACUGACAGGUUUUAUGCUGCUAAGAUUCCAGCCAACAGCUUCACUAAAGCGAAGAGAUGGAGAGGUGUUCACUGUGGGUAUUACAACCAGCUGUGGGAGAUGUUGGGAGCGUGGCCAUCCAGAAAAGACUCAUCAUCUAGGCAGUUCGUCUCGGAUUCCUGUCUUUGGAGGUGCCUGCCUGCUCCCCAGCUUUCAUCUGCUAGUUAAACAGUUCCAUUGCUUGGCAGCUGGAUUCAAACUGGGGACAAAGCUUUCUGUUUAGGUCACAAAAACCUAGGGAUGAGUCCUUACCAGCCAGAAGUGGCAGUCUGCAUGGACAGGAAGGGAGGUUUCUUUUUUCUACUUAGUUCCAAAGAAAUGUGAUUUUAUGAAGUGAUGGCCCAGGACAUCAGGCCUUCCUGGUGGGGCAGAGAGGACAGGGAGCCACUUUGAUCUCAUCAUCUGUUAACUCUGGCCACCUCCAUCGACCUGGAGUUUCCUGAUGUGAGGUGGGACAUCUGACAGCAGCAGCCUUGCCUUAAUUCAUUGACAGUCUCUCAUCUAGAAAUGUGUUUGGCUAAGAGUAGCUGAGAAGACCCCAGGAGCUGGUGGACUGGUGGACUGGUGGACUGCUGAGCCCUUCAGGAUUAAAGGGACCCAAAUGAUUGGUGGUGUGUAGCAGGCUGUGCAUUCUGUCCCAGUGGGGAAACUUGUUUACUUUGUGCUAAAUGGGCAGAGCUUUGGCAGCUCACUUUUGACCUGCUGGCAUUUAUCCUGGUUUGUCACUGCAUCUUCACUAGGGGGUGCUGUUGGCUCAUGCUUUCCCUAAGUUACUAGGGAACAUAGCUCAGCCUACUGGGCUGGAUGACUCCAUUCUUAGUAGGCUUUUGAGGAGGUCUUGCCCAAAGAAGGCUUGAGGGAGAGGGCCCUCAGAUCUCAAGUUCUUACAAGGUGGCACCUCAGUACCUCAUACUACCUCACCUUGCUCAGGCGAGCUCUGGGAGUCCCAGGUCUCAGCCCUGAUGCUGCCUUGGUGGGACUCAGUAGCACCGGGGCUGUGGUUUUAAUGAACUCACAAAGCCUUUUUGGACAUUAAUAUUUUAUUUAUUUUUGCUUUUGCAUACAUACUACUCAGCAUCUCUUUUGAAAAAGAAGCUUCAGGAAAAUGGGUUUCUCCCCAGCAAGUAGUCAUUCAUAUACCAGGGGACAGUCCUGGCUAGAGAUUUAGGAAACUAGAGAGAGGGAGAGUGUGUCAACAAACAUACUCCCCCCCUUUUUCUGUUUUUUGUUGUUAUCUCCAAGAAAAGUCUCUUGCAGAAUGUACCCAGGGAAUCCUUCAGGGAAAUCGAUGUGAACCCUAGAAAGUUGGGGCUUGUUAAAUUUCUGGACCUUUCAUCCCUAUUCCACUUGUGAUGGAAUCAAUUUGGAGACUGGACUGAAGCAAUCAAGUCGCACGAAAGACCUUUUUGUACAUGUUCUCAUCCUUUCUAAAUUUGGGAAACUGUCAUAACAAACCAAAACUCCAUUUUUGUUAGUCCUGCUAUUCUGCCCCCGCCUACCCACCCCCCCCCCCCCCCGUUCUGAGUUGGGUGCAUGGCUCUCUAGUGGGGAGCCAUCAUAUAAAUGGCCACUCGAUGUGUGGCAUGCUUCCUUGAGGCAGUCUUGUCUUGAAGCCGGGAAGGCUUUCCUUCUCCAACUUGCUGCUCCCUUCCCCACAAUGACCAUUAGGAAUUUAAGAAUGAAAACAUGUGACAGAGUACAAUCAAGUGUGCUAAGCUUUUCAUACUAUGUGUGCUUAACCAGUCCUCCAGCUAAGCUUUUCAAAGCUGAGUGACCCUCCCAGAUUUGAAGAGGACUGGUUUUUGAGUGGCUGGGUUUGAGAAAAGUUAGGCCAGAAGCCAGCCAGGUAGCUGUGACUGGAUCAUUUUGCUAGAGAGACCCUUUUCUCUUGGGUGCUGGGUAAUAUGUGUGUUUAACCAGAAACUGUGAAGUUUUCCCCUUUUGCCAGUAAACCAAAAAGCAAUUCUUGAAACUUUUCCCUUGGAAUACUAAACUGAAAACAACACUUUCUCAUCUUUAAGAGGUCAAGUGGUUGGGGCCCAGCUGGCCAGAGUCAGACAUGUAGCAAGGUCAGCUGCACGUGAAGCUCACUGACCAAACCCUGUGCUUUUACAUGAUCCCACACUCUAGCUUGGCCCUGGAGUCACCACUGCCUCUGCUUCCAACUCACCCUUUUGUAAACUGCUUUAUUUGAAACACAUGUUGAAACUCUAUUGCGGCAAAGGAUACUGUAGGAUACCCAGUGGAAGGUAUUCAGUUUAGUUCUUUCAAACUAUCCCUUUGAUUUUUGUUGCCCUUUCUGCCCUGGAGUCUGGCCUCCUGCUAUACUGUUCUGAGGUUCCAUUUGACUCUUGAGUGUCUUGUUCCCCCUCCUUCCUCUUUUCUUACUCCGUACUCAGGACCAGCUACUUAAUUUGCAGAGCCUCUUGUUGAACAAUUAUUAAGCAUUUCAAGAUGGCAACUGUAGAGCAUGAAACCAAGCAUGAGGCAGUUAGUUCCCAACCUGUUUCUUUUUCUUUUCUUUUUUCUUUCUUUCUUUCUUUUUUAUUUUAUUUUAUUUUUUUCUUUAGCAGAGCACUGUUUAGCUCUGGCUUAUGGUAGUGGAGGGGUGGGGGGCAUCGAACCUGAGAUUUUGGAGCCUCAGGUAUGGGAGUCUCUGCAUAACCAUUAUACUGUCUAGCCCCUGCCCCUGCCCCUGUCCAACUCCCACCCCCAGCCUGUUUCUUAAAGGGAAAGGACAGCUCUUUUUUGGUACACUGGGGCAAACAGAAGCUGUUUGUGGCUACAGAAGGGGAGCAUUGUCUUGGUGCACCAAGGUCCUAGGUCACUGCUGCCACAGUCCCUAGGGAACUACCAAACUCUAGUGUUUGGUCCUGAAUUAAAAACCACCCAGAAAUUUGUUGACAGCUGGGGAGAAGGUAGGUGGGGGUGAGAGUUGCGUCCAGGUGACCACCAAGAACCAGAAAGUUCUUUUUGACUCUUCUCUUAGUGCCCAUUUAUCACUAGGACAAAUCUAUGGGCUAGAAUUCCCACCCCCCCAACACACACACACAUACUGCCAAUCAGGUUUUUGCUACUGAUGAAUUUUCCCCCAUCUUCUGGCCUCUGUGCCCUCUUUCCCAGAUGAUUCCACUGUGGAAGUGCAUUCAACCCCCUUUGAGGAUGGAUACUGAUUUGUUGGCAUGGGAUCGUGGUGAAGUCUGCCCAGCUAGGAUUUGCCAACUUUCUCUGCCCUACAGAAUCAGGAACAGGGCACACAGCAGGCAUCCCAGUGAGAUAGGUUAUGAAACUGUUUUCAAUCCCAGUGUCUCUGCCCCCGUCCCUACACCAGCCCACCCUCCCCUCCUGCCUCUACUAGCUAAGUCUUAACAAAACCAAGAAGAGUUGUUGACGUCUAACUCCUUCCAUUAAAUUAAUAAGUACUGACCUCCUAAUAUUUAAGUGUUUACUAUCUAUUGCUGUAAAGUUUUGUAUAUUUUGUAAACUUCCCCUCUCUCGCCCAAUAGUAGAUGUCUAAGAUCGUUGUACAUCUGAUUCUUUUAUAUUCCAUUGUUCGGCACAAAGUGUGUUUUUUAUUUAGAAUAAAAAAGAACAUUUGAAAA